AGACAAGGCAGAAACAAUGGAACGAAAAGCUACGUCCCCGCCCGGGUCUUUUUCUGCGGGCGGAACGCAGGUGCUGGGGCCUUCAGGCGCGGAGGGGACCGGAGAGGGAGGGACACACGGCCCGGCAGUUGCCUGGUAACGCCCGCUGGAGGAGUCCCAGCGUAAUAAGGUCCCAGAGAAGUGUCACUGGCCCUGAGUGGGACCCGGUAGCCUGUUCUCCCCGAGUCGGCGGCCUGUCCCCGCGGCUUGGCGGGCUAGGGCAGGGGAAAUGUUGCAGGAGGAGUCGGAUCUGUCUCUCAUUAUUGCCCAGAUAGUCCAGAAGCUCAAGGGCUCCAAUUUGUACGCUCAGCUGGAACGGCAGGCCUGGGCCAGUCUUCAGAGACCUGAGAUUAAACUUGAAUCAUUAAAAGAAGAUAUUAAGGAAUUCUUUAAAAUAUCAGGUUGGGAAAAGAAACUUCAAAAUGCUGUUUAUAGUGAACUGAGUGUGUUUCCUUUACCUAGUCAUCCUGCUGCACCUCCUGAACAUCUUAAAGAACCUUUGGUAUACAUGAGGAAAGCACAGGGAAGUUGGGAAAAAAGAAUUUUGAAGAGUUUAAAUAGUAUGUGCACUGAACUGAGUAUCCCAUUGGCACGAAAGAGGCCAGUUGGAGAACAGAAAGAACUUCUCAAUAAAUGGAAUGAAAUGGGAACCGAUGAGCCAGAUUUAAGCCAUUUCAGACCUGUUUAUGCACCUAAGGAUUUUCUUGAGGUAUUAAUUAAUCUUCGCAACCCAAAUUAUGAAAAUGGUGAUUCUCUUAGUUUCAGGACUCAUUUGGGUUUAAUCCAAGUUCCUCUGAGAGUAAAAGACAUCCCAGAAUUGAAAGAAUGCUUUGUAGAACUUGGCUUAAAUACAGGACAGCUGGGUAUAGAUGAUUCUACACAAGUGCCUCCUGAGCUUUUUGAAAAUGAGCAUGUGCGUAUUGGGCAAAAAGUUCUAGCAGAACAAGAUAGCGCUGCUGCUCAGCAGUAUGUCAGACAAGGAAGUCCCACAGCACUGAGAGCUGAAUUGUGGGCUCUCAUUUUGAACAUUUCCAGUCAGCCUGAGGAUAUCUUGUAUUAUGAGCAGCUAAAGACCAAUGUGAUACAACAUGACCUUUUGGUGGAUAGUCUAAUUUAUAAAGAUGUGAAGUUGACAGCAAGCAAUGAUGAUUAUUAUUUUGUAUUUGAAGAUUAUUUAUAUCAG